AUGUUCUCGCCACACUCAGAUCAAUCCUUUACCUUGGGCUCAUUUUUGGAUCCUUUAUCAGUUUUGGAAAAAACCAAGCAACCAGACAGCCUCAGUUCCAAACAAUUGCUCGAUGAUUGUAAAGAUCCGGUUGAUGAAAUAGAAGAGUACGAUAAAAAUUACAGUUCAGAUGAUGACAGUGAUGAUGAAAUUUUAAACCAUGACGAUAUGCUUAAUAAUAGUCACAAUCCAAAUGACAAUCAAACUAGCCCAUGCAGUAUAAUUCAUCAAGUUGAUCCUAUAAGAGAAAAUGAGCUUCAUAUAAAAACUGGACAAAUCGAAAAUGUAAGGGAAAAUGUAAAGGAAAAUGUAAGGGAAAAUGUAAGGGAAGUUGAAGAAAUAAAAAAAAUUGAAAGCAUUAACAAAGUCGAAAGUUUUGAAAUUAACAACUUUGAUGAAAUCAAUCAACCUAAUAAAAGCCAAAAUAUUGAUCUAAACGAAGACUCUACUAUAGAUAUAAAUCAACUUUUAUCUUGCGAAAAAAAACUCACAAAUUCUAUUCAUUCUUCAGGUGAACAAAGCAAUUCAAGUAACAUUACAAACUUGAAUCAUAUUUAUGAUGCUUGUAAAUUGAACUCUUCAGAUAACUUGGAAUUCUCAAGGGAUAAUAAAAAAAUCAUCAGCGAUGAUAACUCCAAUCCAAAUGAUAAACAGAGUGUCUUGAGAAAAAUUAAAACAAUUCACAAUUUUGAACAUAUAAUUAGCAUAAAUGAUGAAGAUAAAAGUAAUAAUAAAAUAUUAUCACAUAGAAAUCACACACAAAUUCAUACCAAUAAUAGUGAUAAAGCUAAUUCCCUGAAUAUUGAACCACAAAAAAACACAAAUUUAGUUUCAUCAAACAACUAUUUCAAUGCUAAUGAUAAUAAAACCAUCAUUGGCCAAGUUGAAAAAAAGAAAGCCACUAGUUUGAAAUUCUCAAAUGAAAGCAAUAUAUCCACCACCUCAGAAAAUGAAUAUCAUCCAAUAAUCCACAUUGGAGUAGUUAAAUCAUUUGAACAUUCUAAUAAUCCUGAUAGUUUUGAUAGUCCUGAUAGUCCUGAUAACUUCAAUGGCUUUAAUGAUUCUAAAUCUUCUUCAAGUUCAACAGCAAAAUUUCUCGUUGAAGUUUCCCCUAAUUCACCAAUUGAACUAUCUCCAAAUAACUUUAACCAUCUCUCAAAUAACUCACCGGUUGAAUCCUUAAUCAGUUCAGUCACUAUCAGUAGACCAACAACCUCAAAAAGCCAGGCCUCGAUCAAAAACCCAAUUAAAAACCCAAAAACAACUAGUUCAAAAUUAUUAUUAAGUUUAAAAUCUUUACUGGCUGCUUCUUCAAACAGUAUAAAUCAAAAAGAUAAAAAUCACAAUAACGAUAUUAUAAAUAAUAAUAACAAUAAUAACAACAAUAAUAACAACAACAGCAAUAAUAAUAAUAAUAAUAAUAACAACAAUAAUAACAACAACAGCAAUAAUAAUAAUAAUAAUAAUAAUAAUAAUAAUAAUAAUAAUAAUAAUAAUAAUAAUAAUAAUAAUAAUAAUAAUAACAGUGUUAAUCAUCCUUUUAUCUUGAGCGCCAGAACUAUUGAAGAUUCAAACUCAUUUUGUGAUACAGCUCUCCAAGAAGCAAUGGCAGAACUAGAUGAAAUCCACCUUGAAGUUUCAUUUAAUAACUCUUCUCCUGUAUUUGACGAAGAUUUAAAAAAUAAAUUUGGUAUCAAAAAAGAUUCUGAAACAAAGAUCGAUCAACAAAAUCUCAAUCCAAUUCCAAAUUUAAACUUAAACUAUAAUUUUCGUUCAAUUGAAAAACCAAUUUCUAAAAAUCAAAUUGAAGAAAUCAAAAAUCAAAAUCAAAACUAUAUUCAAACUAUUAGCUCAACAGCAGAAAAAAAUUUAGAUCCUCAUAUGAUUGUAGAUUUAGACUUGAAUUCUAUUUCAAGAGGAGAAAAAGAAAAAGGACCUUCGAGUUAUCAUAUAAACACAUUGGAUUCAGAACAAAACUUGAUAUUAAAUUUCAGAUCAAAUUACCCAAAUAUAAGCUUAUACGGAAAUACUGCUGUUACUAAUGACACAAAUCAUAAUACUAUUUUUGAUAACAGAGAUCUAGACAACAAUAAUCAUUACCUUAAUAAUGUCCAUGACUAUGACUAUGAUUAUGAUUAUGAUCAUGAUUAUAAUUACAAUCUUAAUUCUAAGAAUCAAAUUGAAAAUACCAAUGAGAAUGAAUAUAAAAAUCAUAACACAAAAUUUGGAAACAAUUCCUCAUCUAAUGACUCUUGUUUGCCAUCUCAAUCCCCGUAUAUUCCUCCUCCAAUUAAAAGAGGAAUGAGAUUGGUAUCUGGGAAUUCAUUAUUAAAUGAAAAUGGCUCAAUAGUGGCUACACCAAGAAUGCUAGAAAAAGCCAAUUUAGAAGGAAAUAUCAAUGAUAGUUUGAUGAAUUUGAAUAGAAUCAACAGCACAAAAUUAAAGCUAGAAAUGAACUACAUUGACCAACCCUCGAGUAAAAUGACAGAUAGACCGUUGACUGCAAUUGCAAUCAAUGAAGAAAAUGAAGACAAUGAAUCACAAAGCUUUGAAAGCUCAUUAAGAAAAGCUGAUAAAUUUGAAAAAAGCAAUGGAAAUUUUUCUGCGCCAAGAUUGGGAAAAGCAAUUGAUUCAGCAUUCAAUAUGGGAGAAGAUAUAACAGCCGAAUUGAGAGAAUUAUAUGACUCAGAAAACGAGAUUAAUGGAUUCAAAUCAAUGAAAAGAAUGGCCAAGACACCUGUUGGUGGAAAAGAUUUUAAAACAUUGAACCCGGAAUAUGCUACAUUCACAUAUGAACACCCACCAUCAUGCUCUAUUUUAGAUUACGAUUCAGGAAAUAAUAAUUCGAGCUCAAAAGUAAUGUCUGCAUUUUCAAUUUUAAAAACGUUAGGAUCAUCGAGUUCUAAAAACAAUGAGACAACUCAUAAUAGUGGAAAUAAAUCUUUAAAAAACAAAUUAGGGUUUUUAAAAAAGAAUCUCAGCAAGAGUGCUCUUAAUGAUAACCAUUCAAAAACUGAUAGUAAAGACAUCGAUAGAAUCGAUAGAAUCGAUAGUAGUAGACCUAGAAGCAAAAUGAAUGAUGAUUGUUUUGGACCCGGAUUACAGGCUCCACCAAAUUCCUGUAUAAUGAUGACCACUCCAUUAACCAGAGAACCAAUAUCUGAUUUUUCUAGAAAAAGCACAGCUAUUUCCAAAGAUAUGGUUUGUAAUUUAUCAACCAAUGGAUAUUCGUUGCAAAGCUUAGCCCAAAGUAAUGGAAGCUUAGUUAUAGUUGAAGAAAGUGAAAAUAACAAGAAAAAACAUAAAGGCAUGGGAAAUUGGAAGUUUAAUCUCAAAAGAGAGAAAAAAUGUUACAGUGCUGGUGAAGUUUCAAUGAAUUCGGGAAUAUCAUUGGAAGGAUUUGCAGCAGAGUAUGUUUUGAGAAAAGAUUUGAAAUUUCCAUUGUCAGGAGAUGUAGCUGGGAGAGACUUCGAAGACGCUAAAAGAAUCAUUGAGAAAAGCAGAAAAAAUGGAAUUAAUAUCAACGAGCAUUUUUCUAUGAUAAGCAGUGCUGAUAUUUCUGAAGGUGGCUUCAGCGGCUUACAGACUCCAUCAAACCCAUUUAGCCAACAUACAGCUGAACUAUGUCUUGAUGAAUCUAAGAAAAACGACAAAAGUAGGUCCAAACUAAAGGCUAAAAGCAAAUCGCUAAGACAAAGAUUACUAAGAAAUAGUAGAGCAAGAAACAAAGGGAGCACUGUAGGCAAAACUAGAAGACCACUAUCAAAAGGAAAUUCAAUCAGAUUUGCACCAUUGCCUGAUAUAAACGACGCUACUGAAGUUAAUCAUCAACCCAUGAAGAGCGAUGCAGAAAUGACUAAGAAAAAAUCGAUAUUGAAAAAAAGGGACCCCAGUCAGGAUGUGGAAAUUAAGCAAAACGAGCCUGCAACUGUGAAAAGGAACUGGAUAUCAGGAACAAUCAAAAGAUUGAAAAAAAAGGAUGCCAAAUAA